UGGUGCGUGUGCGUGGCGGAGUGUAGGUCUCCGAUGCGAUGCGAGACGCCACGUACGGGGCGAUGGACGCGAGUCGCUUCGUCGUCUCGCACCACCUGCGCAGCGGGCAGAUGUUCGAGCGCGAGGCGGCGCGGGCAAAGGCGCAGCCGGCGUGGUCGCCUCUCCUCGGCGAGUGCGAGGCGUGGCCGGCCGUGCGCGCCGAGGCGGGCGGCGCGUCGGCCGAGCUGCAAGCGGCGAUGCGCACGUUCGAGUGUUGCCAGCAGUGGAAGCUGUGCCGGCUCGGGCCGGCGGCCAAAUAGGGGCCAGUGGUCGGAGGCGGGAGUGUGCCCGGCCGGAACGCGCACUGACAACCGCGACGGCGCGUAAUUAUGGGGGCGCAUUCGGAAGAACGGGCGCGAGAGGUGGAAGGGGAGGCGCUGGCGCACACACUGAUUGUGACACUCUUUCGAAUCGUCGUAUUGCAGUUCAACGCAAUGCACUGAGGCCGGGUGUGUCUGUCAUCUGUCUCUGAAUUGUGAGUCUGAUGAUUGCUCGUACUGACGUACUCCCAUGCCGCGUUUCGCGACACACAUCCCCGCAUGACACAUACACUCUGCAUGCACGAGAUGAUAUGCAAAAUGAUGCAAGUAAUGAAAGAUGCCAGAAGCAG